CCUAGACCGUCAUUUUUUUCCCGAUCGGAGCUUUCGUUUCAGUUUUUGAAAACGCGUCAAACAGCCAUGUUCAACCUCUUCGGCAUGGGAAAAGACGACGUGGGCCGGGGAAACAGGCCAGCAGAACCGAUUUCACUGCUCCAUUCCGCGGUGGAUGAUGAUGCAGUGGAUACCAUUCGUGAACUAGUGUCCCAAGCAGAACCUGCCGAUCUCACUGCGGCUCUAUGUCGAUCUUGCCAGCACGGCAAGAUUGCAGCUGCUCAGACUCUGAUUGAAUCUGGUCAAUGCAAUCUCAAUGCGGCUGCAAAUGGCGAUACACCUUUGUUCCUGGCUGCGAAGAAGCUUGAGCCCACAAUGGUCCGGCUUCUGCUCCAAAAUGGUGCCGAUGUUACGGUGAACUCCUUGAACCAAUCCAGGAGUCCAGCUGCGGCAGAAAAGCCUCCAGCAUAUACUCCUCUUCAUGGAGUGGUGGAUGAACUGUAUCACCACCGAGGAGAGGCGGAUGUGUCCCGUUUGGAAGAGUUGAUGCAGAUGCUCUUAGAUGCUGGGUGUGAUAUCAACGCCCAGGAUUUCCAUGGACAGACAGUGCUUCUAUCCUGUCUGACCCAAGAGGUAGCACUUGUCGAGUUUCUUCUUCAGCAAGGCGCAGACCCUAAUGUUGUGAUUAACAACGGAACCAAUACCAUGUCAUAUCUUCACAAGCCUCUGCAAUAUCCAGAAUGGUUCAAGGCUCUCAUGGAGCACGGGGCCCGUCUGGAUGUUGGAGUGAACAGCCAAUACGGGACAUGCUUACACGCCUACGCGUCUAAGAGCCAACUCGGAGAUUUGUCCUUGUUCAAACCUUAUGUCUCGGAUUGGAACCUCACCGACGCCAACGGCAACACGCUCCUCCACGCCGCGGCCAAAGUACACCGCCGUGGUAGUGUAACCGUGAGCGAGCUUCUGAAGCUUGGUUUAGACGUGAACCAAAGGAACCAUGCAGGCCAGCAGCCAAUUCAUAUGGUCGAAGGAUUCGGUGAAAAUCUGCGCGAUAUACUGGAUAUCCUUCGCGCCGCUGGUGGGGACCUGGACGCCACAGACUAUGACGGACGUACACUGCUCACCAAGACUAUGUACGGUCAUCCUCAUCAUAAUGCCCGUGAAUUAAUUACCGAACUUGUCAAACGUGGGGCCAACAUCAAUGCGCAGGACCACAAAGGCGAUACACUCUUAAGCUACAUAAUUGAGCAAUAUGACUUUCGAUCCGAGUACGUGGAUUUCCUCCUGGAGCAAGGAGCGGAUCCGACCGCGGUCAACUAUGAAGGUGACACUUUUCUGCACAAGAUGGCAGCCUGCUUAUCUGGGCAAGAAUCGGAUACAGCUAUCCAGACCAUGAUGAAACUUCUUGAAACGGGGACAUCUCCAAACCUGACAAAUCACAAGGGUCAAACACCGCUGCAUGUAUUGUGCAGCCAUGUCUCUGAUCACCUUUUCGCUGCAUCCAAUGAAGGAGACAAAUAUGCGAUAGACCUUCUCUUGGAUGCAGGUCUUUGCAAAGCCCUGAAUAUUCCCGAUCAUCAAGGCAUUCGUCCCAUACAUCUGGCAGCUUCAGUCUCGGAGAUUCUGGUUGGCAGACUUAUUUCGCAUGGAGCUGAUGUAUCUGUGGCCACCAAGGAUGGGCGAAAUCUGUUGCACAUUGCGUCAAUGGCUCGCCAGAGUAACACCCUUGGGAUGCUGUUGGAUCACUUUUCCACCAAUAAUUUGACAUCUUUGAUCAAUGCCAAGUCGGAAGACGGCCGAACACCCCUCCAUCUGGCCUGUAUUUCUGGAAGAAUAGAGUCAGUGAGCCUUCUCAUCGCAAACGGUGCAGAUAUACAUAUUGAAGACAAGAAAAAAUGGCUCCCUUUGGAUAUCUGUGCUCUGUCGGUUGAGGAGGAUCAACGUUGGCAAAAGGCCGACGACCAUGGCAACCUGUUUCACACGAUGUCUGCCGCCGGAAUCCUGGCCGAUGACUAUGAGCGCCCAAAGAUACCCACUCGGAAGAAUCAAAAACGCGAGGAUCACAAGAAGUUCGGAUGGAAGGGAGAGAUUACCUCCGAAAGUGCCACCCUUGGAGUAGGGCGGAUCGUUCGGCUACUGGCACAGCAUGGCGCCCUUGAACCGAAAGAUGAGAGUGGGCACCGAACUAGUCCCUUAUGGCAUGCGGUAUCAGAAGGAAAUGAAGAGAUGGCCGCAGAGCUUGACAAAUUGACUAAGGCACUGGGGAUUGAACUUGAAAGAAAUCGAUCUGUCCAAGCUGAGCGUUGUUUGUUGCGCUCAAAGCACAUCCCAGAGCUCUUCAAGGAGCGGUUCAAGUCCUACAUCAUCGACAAAGAUAUUAUGGAGAUGGUACUUCUCGGUCACGACCAAGAGGUGGCACAGGCUUUGGAGGAAAAUGUAAACACUAUUGAAAACAAGUCUGCCCUUCAGGGACUCCUGAUCUUGCUUGCGAGAUGGGGAUAUCCUGAAAUCUUCGAGCGGAUUGGACGCCUCAUGCAGGAUGUGGAUCCUGAAUGGAUCAACAAAAGUGGUAAAGUCUUCUUGGGUGGUGGGAUGUCUCCAUCACUCUUGGCUGCUGCUCAGCGUGAUCUUCCAAACUUGGAAGUCGUCAAGGUCAUGGUCGAGAAGUUCAAUGCGGAUGUCAAUGUUCAAUUCCAAGAAGGCAUGGAAGUGAUCCCGAAGGUCUAUUACCAAUCCACAAUGGCUCAGAGGAGACAGUUCAAACCAGGCGAUACUGUUCUUCAUUACCUGGCCCAGGGUAUACACUGGUGGCAUGAGACGGCGAUCAAAUACCUUCUGCAGCAUGGUGCCGAUCCCAAUGCCCGCGACGCUCAGGGGAAAACUCCUUUAUGCGUGGCAGUGUCCAGAGGUGAACUAGCAGGCCAUCGACAGAACGAGAUUGUUCAAAUCUUGCUUGAUGGUGGUGCCGACCCUAACCUCGCUGCAACAUGUGGCUAUACUGCGCUUGCCAUGUCGACUCACAAUUUCCAGCUAUUCCGGCUUCUAAUUGAUAACGGGGCCUAUCCAUCUGAGCACCACCCCAUGGAAUUAUUCUCAGCGCUGGCCGACUUCAAUGAGGACGUGGUUACUGCCCUCUUAGGUAUGGAUCUCGACGCCAACACGACGACUCUGUCCGAUGCCCAGACUCACUGGCAUACCCAAAGAGUACAGAAGAUCCAUCAGGUUAAGGGAUAUGUUCUCCAGCCUCUUCAAUACAUUUCCAUGAUGCCAUUCAACGAGGCCAACAGUCGCCACCACUCAAUCAGAAUGAUUCACCUUCUGCUGGAACACGGAGCAGAUCCAUUCCUCCACAACAAGAGCAACUCCAUUCUCCAUGAGAUCUUUGCGGAUGGUGGGAUUAUUCAGCCAUGGCUAGAGCUUCCUGAUCUUGAUCUUGAGAAACGUGACCCUCGUGGACAGACAUUGUUGUUGGCUGCCUCAAGGUCCAAUAUUGGUACCAACGCAUAUGCUUGUCAAGUGCCUCUCUUUCCCCACCGUGGUGGACGCAUCCAACCAACUUAUUGGGUAGAGGGUGAUCCAACGCGCGCUAUGACUCUGUAUGAGCGGGGUGCAAAUUUGACUGCAGUGGAUCACCAAGGCAAUAAUGUUCUGCAUAAUUUGGCUGGUCUGAAGAACGAGGAGAAGUUUGCCCAAGACGAGUUCCGGCGAACGAUGGCCUUGUUCGUUGAGAAGGCUCCUGAGCUGGUGGAUCAGGUGAAUAAUCUCGGCCAGACGCCUUUGCUAAUUGCUCAAGAUUUUGGUCAUCGAUGGGCGACGGAAAUAUUGGAGCAGAAGGAGUCUACGGAGGAAGAAAUAGGGUAGUAUAUAGCAACACCGAGAUAAUUGCUUAGUGUUUCAUUCGUUGUGCUUACAAUUCAUGAAGUUUUUAGACUGAAAGACUGCUUUACAUUAAACUCAAAAAAAUUUAAAAUUGAAAAAC